AAUUACGAGUAUUCUUGUCUGUUUGAUUCCAUCGUGAUUCGUGAAUUUACCUCGAAACUUAUUUUUGUAUUGAAUUCAUUGUUUCUAACACUAUUUUCCAAAACGAAUACGUGAUGUCGCUGUGUUAUAUUAGUUUCUCAUUUAGCGAUGAUAAUCUGUUAUCAUUAUCACCCACGAUUAUUUUAAUUUUCAGCUUGUCCUCCCGGUAAAAUAUUCAAAGCAUGUCCUUCGAACUGUCCAUUGACAUGUGAAAAACCAUUCCCGCAAGUUUGUACCAAGGAAUGUAAUUUGGACAGGUACUGUGUUUGUCCUGAUGGGUUUCUGGAACACAAUGGUGGAUGCGUGAAAAGUGACCAAUGUCCUAAUAAAUGUGGGUAUGGUGAGAAACCUACCGCAUGUGCUUCGUUUUGUGUGGGCACUUGCAAAAACCCAAAUCCCGAGAUUUGUGCCCCCGCCUGCGAUCCGAAUAGAAAAUGCGAGUGUAGAAAGGGAUUCGUCCAAGUUAGCCAACAUGACACUAGAUGUACUUUGCUACAAAACUGCCCUCGGCCGCAACUGUGUAAAAAAAAUUGUCCGCCUGGAAGUGAUUGUAUUGACGGAAGGUGUCAAUGUCGUAGAAGAUGUCCCCCGAACGAACAUUGCCCAGAUGGGAUAUGCGAAUGUCUACCAGGACAUUACAGAAAAAAGGGAGUUUGCGUGUCAUUGUCCACGUGUUCAUCAUCAUGUGCGCCUGGUCAAGUAUGUGAAGAUGGCAGAUGCGUUUGCAGAAGAGGAGACUUUUACAAUGGAAGAUGCGUCACUUGUCCUCCAAAAUAUUCAAAGUGUCCUUUCCUCCGGUAAAAUAUUCAAAGCAUGUCCUUCGAACUGUCCAUUGACAUGUACUGUGUUUGUCCUGAUGGGGUUUCUGGAACACAAUGGUGGAUGCGUGAAAAGUGACCAAUGUCCUAAUAAAUGUGGGUAUGGUGAGAAACCUACCGCAUGUGCUUCGUUUUGUGUGGGCACUUGCAAAAACCCAAAUCCCGAGAUUUGUGCCCCCACCUGCGAUCCGAAUAGAAAAUGCGAGUGUAGAAAGGGAUUCGUCCAAGUUAGCCAACAUGACACUAGAUGUACUUUGCUACAAAACUGCCCUCGACCGCAACUGUGUAAAAAAAAUUGUCCGCCUGGAAGUGAUUGUAUUGGCGGAAAGUGUCAAUGUCGUAGACGAUGUCCCCCGAACGAACAUUGCCCAGAUGGGAUAUGCGAAUGUCUACCAGGACAUUACAGAAAAAAUGGAGUUUGCGUGUCAUUGUCCACGUGUUCAUCAUCAUGUGCGCCUGGUCAAGUAUGUGAAGAUGGCAGAUGCGUUUGCAGAAGAGGAGACUUUUACAAUGGAAGAUGCGUCACUUGUCCUCCCGGUAAAAUAUUCAAAGCAUGUCCUUCGAACUGUCCAUUGACAUGUGAAAAACCAUUCCCGCAAGUUUGUACAGAGGAAUGUAAUUUGGACAGGUACUGCGUUUGUCCUAAUGGGUUUCUGGAACACAAUGGUGGAUGCGUGAAAAGAUACCAAUGUCCUAAUAAACAAUGUCGCCCUCGUUGUAAACCAGGAUGGAAAUACGUUUCGGGAAAAUGUGUGUGCGUUGGAAUCUAUUGUCCGUAAUAAUAAAACUUUGACAAUGUUCAAAUACUUGUUACACUAUUGUGAAAGAAUAUGCUUUAAUAAUCGUGGGUAAAUCACAGAAUUAAAUCACCAUAUUUCUCCUAAUACAAUAUAUUCAGCAUUCAAA